AACGGUAGUUCAUCAAAACCAGAGUGCUUUACACCAAGAACUCAUAUCAGCGAACUGAAAAAAUAGGUCUUACUUGCUUAGGGAGUCAUUUUAUUCAUCGAACAUUUCGAGAAAUUCGCGACAAAGUAGAGUGGACUGAUCUAAAUACGAUGGAAGGAGCACCUGGUCCAGUUUAUAGAAUAUACCGUAUCGUUCUUCCCUAUCUAUCUUCUGAGAAGGCUCAUAUCGGACUGUUAUACAAUUUGUGUAAGAGUUCUUGUGAGGAGACUGGUGGAGGGGAAGGUGUGGAGAUGAUUGCGAAUAAUAUUGCUGAUAGUACCAGAUUCCCUAAAAGGGUGAAGCCAGGAGAACAAGUAUAUUAUUACCACAAAAUACUCCAUCUAGCAUCAAAAGUGCCGGCAUUUAUAAGACUUCUCGCACCGAAAGGAUCAUUGGAGGUACACCAGAAGACUUGGGACACAUUUCCUGUAAUAAGAUCAGAAUAUAGUAAUCCUGACUAUAUGAAGGAUGGCUUUAUAUUUAUUCGUCACACAAUAUUCCAGGACAAUGACAAAGCCAGUAUGGCGGACAGCGUGUUCGAUAACAUCAGUGUCAUCGGUGAGGAUAAAAUUAAGCAAGCAGCAAUAGUUGAUAUAGAUAUUGUCAAUGAUCCUGUUUCAUCAGCGGAUUAUAGUGAAGAAACUGACCCAACAAAGGUCCGGCUAGAAAAAAUUAACUGUGGACCUCUGACAUCUGACUGGAAGGAGAAGGAAACCAAGUUUAUGACUUUGUACUUAUUUGAGGAGAUUGAGUUCAAAUGGUGGGGAUUGCAAACUAAGGUUCAGAGUGUUAUGAUUAAGGCUAAUCAUCGCAUUCAUCGUAACUUCUAUCGUAAAAUGUUUUGCAAUCUGGAUGAGUGGUAUGACAUGACUAUCGAGCAGAUCAGAGAACUUGAAGACAAAACAAAAGAAGAGCUGCAAAAGAUGCUUAGGUCUGGUGAUGUUCGUGGGAUGGUAGAAAAAUAAAUCCAUGAUCGUUGUCAAUCCGAUCCCCAUCAAUGCGUCAGACUAGUUGCUUAAAAAUUUUCCAUACAUCAUUUUUUUUUCUCAAAAUCUUAAUUUUGCUACUGAUAUAACGAGUAAAAAAAAUGACACCUCACAAAUCCCUGAUUUACGGAAAAUAUAUGUCGUUAACAUUAUACUUGUUUAAUGAACACUUUUUAGUAUCAAUUGUCAAGUUAACGUCAUUAAAAAGGGAUUUGCAAAUAUGUUUACUAACUCAUGUAGGAUUAUGACAUCAUUGGCUAGGGUUUCAUUCAUUGCAGUCAUGCCUUACUUUGGUGCAAUCAAAAUUUUCAUAACUACAAGGAAUACCUACUUAUUUUCCAAGCGUUAACACAAACCACAUAAAUAUGCUAUCAAAUUAUUUGGAAGAAUAUCAUUUUUCCAGCCAUAUAUAAUGAUUAUGUGUUAACAGCAUAUUUUUCCCAACUUGGGGAUUUGUGAGGUGUCAAAUUUAUUUUACUCCCUUACCAUUGUAUUUUAAUGAAAGUUUAUCUGCCGCUCACAGACAUAUUCCCUAUCACACCCAAUCGUGUAUUCAAAAAAAUAAUUUUUUCAUACUCAUUGAAAAGAUCAUGGGGUACACAAUAUCAAAUGUCCCCCCUACUAUUUUUGGUCUGUUAUGAUGGAGAAAAAUACUUCAUCGCAAUCAAAAUAACACAUGUAUUUUGGAAUAAAUGACCUUACAUUUAGGGUGAAAACUUUUUUUUUUUGGCUUGUCAAAUUUCCCAGCCCCUGGUACCCCCCCCCCCCCCACCUUUGGGGACAGAUUUCCGCCCAUGCAAAAGAUUUUGUGUUUUAGUAUUAAUGUUGUUUCACUAUGGACUAUUGAGUGAGGCCAUCCAGUCUUACUGUUUAUUAUAACCUUCAUGGAAAGCCAUGCGACUGUGUAUUAACUGAUUACAACUUUGUAUAUUGUUAUCUUAUCUGUGAAAUAAAGAAUGAAUUGAAUUACCAUGGGAAAUAUGACACUAAAGAUUUUUGUAUUUUUUCACUUACGCUCAAUAUGUUUUGUGUUUAGAUACAUAUGAGCAAGAUGAUCGGUUAUCAAUUUGAUUAUGAUAUUUCUUAGUGUUAUUCUAAUUACAUUUAUAUUGAAUUUCACUGUAAAAAGGUAUAGUUACACUUUAUCAAAACUAAGAUGUGAUGAUGUAUAUUAUAUUAUUUUGUGUAGGGUGUUACGUUUGGUACAAAGUGGAAUGAUUAAUCAGUAAUAUAUAUACAUGUAAGUAUUAAUAUUUACUUAAAAUUAUUGCAGACUUUAUGAUUAUAGGGCAAAUGAGAAAUAACAAUUACAUAUUAAAAAUAAUGAAAAUGUUA